AUUCCUCUCUAAGAUGGCUGCCGGCCUGGAACCCUGAGACCCGGUGGAGCUUUUCGUGUUGACAUGCAAUAAACCCGGAGACACCAUGGUCGUGGACGCACCGAACUCCAACGGGCCCUUCCAGCCGGUGGCUCUCAUGCACUUCAGAGAUGUGGCCCCGGCAGAGCAGGAGAAGCUCUUCAUCCAGAAGCUACGUCAGUGCUGCGUCCUUUUUGACUUCCUGUCCGACCCGCUGAGUGACUUGAAAUGGAAGGAGGUGAAGAGAGCGGCGCUGAGCGAGAUGGUGGAGUACAUCACCCACAACAGGAACGUCAUCACGGAGCCCAUCUACCCGGAGGUGGUGCACAUGUUUGCCGUGAACAUGUUCCGGACGCUGCCGCCAUCGUCCAACCCGACCGGCGCCGAAUUUGACCCGGAGGAGGACGAGCCGACUCUGGAAGCUGCGUGGCCGCACCUGCAGCUGGUCUACGAGUUAUUCCUUCGGUUCCUAGAGUCUCCAGACUUCCAGCCCAACGUGGCCAAGAAGUACAUCGACCAGAAGUUCGUCAUGCAGCUUCUAGAACUGUUCGACAGUGAAGACCCCCGAGAGAGGGAUUUCCUGAAGACCACCCUCCACCGGAUCUACGGGAAGUUCCUGGGACUCAGAGCCUACAUCCGGAAACAGAUUAAUAAUAUUUUCUACAGGUUCAUCUAUGAGACCGAGCAUCACAACGGGAUCGCUGAGCUCCUAGAAAUACUAGGGAGCAUCAUCAACGGCUUUGCCUUACCGCUGAAAGAAGAGCACAAGAUCUUCCUGUUGAAGGUUCUGCUACCACUGCACAAAGUCAAGUCCCUCAGUGUCUACCACCCACAGCUGGCCUACUGUGUGGUCCAGUUCCUGGAGAAGGACAGCACCCUCACUGAGCCGGUGGUGAUGGCUCUACUCAAGUACUGGCCCAAGACCCACAGUCCGAAAGAAGUCAUGUUCCUCAAUGAGCUGGAGGAGAUCCUGGACGUCAUCGAGCCGUCCGAGUUUGUCAAAGUCCAGGAGCCCUUGUUCAGGCAGCUGGCCAAGUGUGUGUCCAGCCCGCACUUCCAGGUGGCGGAGCGAGCGCUCUACUACUGGAACAACGAGUAUAUCAUGAGUCUGAUCAGCGACAACGCAGCCAAGAUCCUCCCCAUCAUGUUCCCUGCCCUCUACCGGAACUCCAAGACCCACUGGAACAAGACCAUCCACGGGCUGAUCUACAACGCUCUGAAGCUCUUCAUGGAGAUGAACCAGAAGCUGUUCGACGACUGCACGCAGCAGUACCGUGCGGAAAAGAGCAAGGAAAAGGCCAAGUCAAAGGAGCGUGAAGAGGCGUGGACCAAGAUCGAGAACCUGGCCAAGUCCAAUCCACAGUUGCAGGAGCAGUGGAAAGGGCGGCCAAUGAUUCGUCGCAAAUCGGAGCUGCCUCAGGACCUGUACACCACCAAAGCCUUGGAGUCCCACCGCAGAGCUGAAGACAUGUUGACCCAUGAUGGACUCUAGGCCCCGCCCCUCCCCCCAGUCCAGUCCACCUCCUCUCCAUCUCCAUUCUCAUCCAUUCCUGCCGGAGCAACACGGACUCUGGACCCCCGACACGGUUCUGCCUUCUCAGGUCUGUCAGUGGGAGUGAGGGGCGGAGUCUUCGGCGUCCAGCGGUCUCAUUCUUCGGUCCGUCCUGAACCUGGAGACGGGACACGAGACCUGCAGGAAGAAGUCACCGACAAGACGGCUUUCCGGCAUUUUCUUUAUUUCCCCCCUUUGUGGGACGUUUCAUCAGUGCCAAGACGUCACAUUUUCUGGUGACUGGAACACGAACUUUGGCCUUGUUUGUUUCUUUGCUGUAGCACACUGCGACCAACUGGAGGCCUGUGCGCGACGUUCAGGCAGAGAGCCACCGAAAGUCCGCGCCACUUCCCGGCGUCCUCUUUCGUGCCAUAAGCUGCUGCCAGGGUGACGUCCGUGGGGGUUCGACGUUCGGCGAGUGUGGCCUCGGGUAGACGUUUGCGUUGCCGUUUUUUUUUUUUUUUGUUUACAUGGAAUUUCUGUUGACCAAAAAAAGAAACCUGGGCUGACUCGAGCGCCCGAAACGUUCGAGACAAGCACGUCCUCCACCCUUCUAUUUUAGAGCCUUCCAUCUGUAUUUUUAAUCACUAAUAAAUCAUUUGUCACUUUAUCGACCAACUUUACAGUAAUUUAAUUAACGCGUUAAAGAAGUUUGGACCCCAGGGGGCGCUGCGAUCAAAUCUGCGUGCGAGCCCUCCCCCCGCCUGUCACCAGACUGCUGUUGACUGGCGGCAACUCCGAGAAACCAAUAUUAGUGUAAAUGGGAAAGGUGUGGGACACGACCCUGAGGAGCACCACGUCAUCGCCAGGUUCCCGCUUCUGUGGAGAAAUCACCUUUUUAUGGAUUUUAACGAUUUUUGCUUUAUCGGAUGAAGAUGGAGUGAUUUAUUUUCUGUCUGAUUUUAAGAUUCCAGAAGUCGGUAACUUAAGUGUCCUUUUGUACGUGAGCUGUAACAUAUGACUUAAUAUUGUAAAUAUGAUUUCCCUGCGUUCUUGUCGUGUUAUAAAUAUAUAAAUAUAUAUCGCGAUACUUUUUGUACAAACUCUGUACAGACGGCAGCGACCGCCGCACGUGAAAGAUCUGGCACAUGUUCUCCCUCUGUUUGUGGCUGAAGCUCCGUCAGCGAGAGUUCGGACGAUCGUCUUCAUUUUUGACUGUUAACGUUUCUCCGUUGUGUGCUCCUCACUGUCCCUAGUGGUGUAAAACUAUAUAGAAUGAAUAAAGAGAUUAUUUGACUAUAUUU